CGCUAUGAUGACGAGCAAUUCAGACAAAAGGGAAGGAUUUAGAACUAUGAUAUACUUGCAGGGCUCGAAACUAACGAUUGCCCGAUUGCCCGGGGCAAGUAGCGAUGGCAGACGGGCAAGUAGAUUUUUUGCCUCACUUGCCCGAACUUGCCCUGCCAUAAUACCAUGUUUUCAAGCUGUAAAAACACGAUUUUGUGCAUAAUUUCUCGCAACUUCUGCCGCUUCUGGUCCGACAUUUUGUUUCCUAGGGAGCGGUUAGUUUCUCGUGUAAGUCUGCAAUACAUUGAUAACGGCAAAGCGCUUCGUAAUUAAAUGCCUGCGCCCUCACUCGUCCCUGGCUCUUCUGCGCCUGCGCACCAGCAGAGCUUGUUUCCGGUUGGCGGAUACGAAGUUAUAUGAAGGCAAAACUUAUAGUGUUGUCUUUUUUAUUGCAAAAAUGUGUCGGGCAAGUAAAAAUCCACUCCAAAAAAAUUCGGGCAAGUAAAAUUUUGUUUCGGGCAAGUAAAAUUUUCUCCAACUUGCCCGAGGGCAACUUGGGCAAAAAAUAAGCUUCGAGCCCUGACUUGUUUAUGAUUUGUUAAUAAAUUUCAAAUUGGUUUCAUUUUCCCUUGAGGGACUUUCUUAUUGCCAUCCCUCCCUCCCAUCCUCUACCACCCACCACUUAUCUUGCUCAGGGUCACAGAGUGCUCGAGAGUAUUUCAACUAAGUUGGGGUGAAAGGUGAGCGACACACUGGAUUGAUUGCCAAGGCACACAUAGAACUCAACAAGCAUUCACCCUCACAUCGCAAAAGUGAGCCCUGUGGUGGUGGCGGCGGCGGCAGUGGCAAGCGUAUGAGCAGUUACUUGCUGUGGCCUGUGACGUUGCUGGACGUUUGAGGAUACAAACCUUCACACCUUUGCUCUGGAUGAAUCACUGCAUAGCAGAAAUUUCCGAGAUGUAUCACUCUAUGGUUGGCGACUACGCAAUUCAGGGCGGCGGAGAACACUGCGUGUAUGCCGGCGACGGUCCGGGCUACGGACAUUGCGAAGCCCAACCUCUUCACCAUCAUCCGCCGUGCCUGGAGCACGUUUGUCCGUCGAGCCAGCGCCAUCAUUAUUUGCACGCUUGUGUCCCGUCCGCUUUGAAGAGUGACUUUUGCAGCACGGAGAUCCCGCUCAGUCAUUCUUAUCAUCACCCCGAGCAUUCUUCCGAGAUGAAAUCGGACCUCUCGCAUGUGCAAUGGAUGCAAGGCUCCCCCAUCAAGAAAGGGUACAUCCCAAGUUACAUGGACAACGACGAGCUAUGCGUUGUGUGCGGCGACAAAGCCACGGGCUAUCAUUAUCGCUGCAUUACCUGUGAAGGCUGUAAGGGCUUUUUCAGGCGGACAAUUCAGAAAGACCUGAAGCAAAGCUAUACUUGCAAGUACCAGGAAAAAUGUGCCAUAGACAAGGUGACCAGGAACCAGUGCCAGGAGUGUCGCUUCAACAAAUGCAUUGCCGUAGGAAUGGCGACUGACUUGGUGUUGGAUGAGAGCAAGCGGCUGGCCAAGCGCAAGUUGAUCGAGAUGAACCGGGAGCGUCGCCGCAAGGACGAACUCCAAAAAACUCUGUUGGAUCAACGUGAGCCCACGCAGAAGGAGUGGGACCUCAUUCGCAUGAUUACUGAGGCCCAUAGGGCCACAAAUGCACAAGGAAACUACUGGAAGCCGAAGCGCAAACUCUUGGUGGAGGAAAGCAUGCUUCUUAAUGAAAUCACACGCAAUUUAUUCGAUACCUCUGACCAGAAUGCGUUGGCGACCAAUGAAACCAAGCCGGCAAACAUUGGUCAUUCAUCCGGCGUAAAUAGCCCUGCAGUGGAUUUAGAGGCAUUCAGGCAAUUGACAAAACUUAUCAGCCCUGCCAUAACACGAGUGGUGGACUUUGCCAAAAAGCUCCCUAUGUUUGGCGAGCUGCCGUGUGAAGAUCAGAUCAUCCUGCUGAAAGGCUGCUGUAUGGAAGUCAUGUCAUUGCGCGCCGCCGUUCGCUACGAUCCAGAGAGCGAGACGCUGACAAUUAACGGAGAGAUGGCAGUCACACGAGGACAACUUAAGAACGGAGGCUUGGGUGUGGUGUCUGAUGCCAUUUUCGACCUUGGUGUCUCGCUGUCCUCCUUUAACUUGGAUGACUCUGAGGUGGCUCUUUUACAAGCGGUUAUCCUGCUUUCAUCUGAUCGUCCAGGCUUGAGUAGCGUGAAGCGGAUUGAACGCUGCCAAGAGCAAGUCCUGCUGGCUUUGGAACAUUACAUCAACUAUCGCAAGCAUAAAGUGGCUCAUUUGUGGCCAAAGCUGCUGAUGAAGGUGACAGAUCUGCGAACGAUUGGCGCCUGCCACGCCAGCCGAUUCCUUCUCAUGAAAGUGGAGUGUCCCACGGAGUUAUUCCCUCCUCUGUUCUUGGAGGUAUUUGAGGACUGAUUGCAAACAUUGUAUGUGUGAGCACUUGAAUGGCGUAUAAUAGAUGGGACUUUCACAUUAUGCACUACUGAGUAUCACUUCAUUUUGUAACUGGAGUGGGUAGUUUGGUGAUUGGGUGUCUUUCUGUGUGACUAACUGGAUAGGUAGCAUUCUUGUUGUUGUUGUUUUUUUUACUUUGUAUUGUUUACUUUGUGUUGUUGCUGGGGAUUUCACCUUUCACCAUCCCUGCUCUUAGCAUAGGUCCUCUGUCUUGUUGACGAUACAGUAGGAUUGUUGGAAAACAUCUGUUCAUUAACAGUGUUGCCAGUGACCUUGAAAAGGGAAUGUAGUAGUUACUUCACUGGUAAGUUCUUUUUAAAAGUAACAAAGUUACAUUACAAGCUACAUUAUUAGUUACUUUCAGCAGAAGCAACAAUACCACUUCAUGCAAAAAUGACAACUCUUUUUGCCAUUGAGUGUGUUUAUUGGUACUGUCGUCGUGUGUUUGGUAUAAUGGAUUGAUUUAAAAUUCAAAUAUUUUUCUAGCAUUAAAACAAAACGUCAUCAAUGGUCUCCUUGUUAUUGUUCGAAUGUUUCUCAGAAAUGCACAAUCCCCUCCCUAUUUUGCGGGUCCGUCAACGGC